AAUAAAUUCGGUCGGAAAACCGACCGAGGACGACGACCACCGCCACGACCGUCUCCACCACCGCGAUCGAGUACUAUUACUAUUAUUAUUAUUAUUAUUAUUAUUAUUAUUAUUAUUAUUUUUUUCCCCCCCGUUUUAAAUAUCGCGCGCGCGUGCGAGCGUCGAAGAUACGUCUCGCGCGCAGUGUUGUGUUUUGAAACGGCACCGCGGCUUGUGCGUUUGCGUUCACGCGGACGGUAUGCUACGCGCUCGCGAUAACCGUGCACCAACAACCGUGGUCGUAGCGAACGCGUCGCCGCGGCACCCGUAAUAACGCGCGACACGCAUUGCACCGGUACGCGACAGAACGCGCGCAUCCGACGGGCCACGCAAACCGCAUCGCGCAGCGUAACGCGUCCUCCGCACGCGGUCGGUGGGCCGCGACAGACGGCGCGCGUGGUUAUGGACGCGGCGGCGUCACCGGAGACGAACGCGACGACCGGGGCCGCAGCUGUUGCGACGACGGGCGACCGGACUAGACCGGACCGCAGCGGACCGCGCGACCAGUAGAUCGGCACCGCGAUCCACUGCCGACUUCAUCGAUCAUCGUCUACGAUCCGCCACACAGGCGCGGCGGGCGAGAAACAGAGAGAGAGCGCACCACACACAUCGCGUCGGCGGUGACGACGUCCAGCGGCGGCCGCGGACGUCAGGGUCCACGCGGGUGGUGAUCACCGUCAUCGUCAUCACAACCGUACGGCGGCGGCGGCGGCGACGACGACCACGACGAUCACGACGACCACGUCACCGGCAUGCCGGAGCAGAGCAACGAUUACCGGGUGGUGGUGUUCGGGGCGGGCGGCGUGGGUAAGAGCUCACUGGUGCUGCGGUUCGUCAAGGGCACGUUCCGCGAGUCGUACAUACCUACCAUCGAGGAUACGUACCGGCAGGUGAUCAGCUGCAACAAGAACAUCUGCACGCUGCAGAUCACCGACACGACGGGGUCACACCAGUUCCCGGCCAUGCAGCGGCUGUCCAUGUCCAAGGGCCAUGCGUUCAUAUUGGUCUACUCGUGCACGUCCAGGCAGUCACUCGAGGAGCUUCGGCCCAUAUGGCAGGUAAUCAAAGAGACGAAAGGCGCAGCGGAGUUGCCGUCGAUACCGAUCAUGCUGGUGGGCAAUAAAUGCGACGAGAACGACACGCGGGAGGUGUCGGCCGAGGAGGGUGACGCGGAAGCGCGUCGCUGGGGCUGUCACUUCAUGGAGACGUCGGCCAAGACCAACCAUAACGUGAAGGAGCUGUUCCAGGAGCUGCUCAACCUGGAGAAGAAUAGGAACAUAUCGCUGCAGCCAGAGAAGAAGUCCAUGCGCGGCCGCAAGAUACGCGAGAAGUGCGCGCUGAUGUAGUGGCGGCCCACCCGUGGUGGGGAGGGCACGCUCGUCGGACGCGCGGGAUGGGUUUUUAACACGCACGUUACUCGUACAGUUCUGUCGCAUAAGUUGUAUUACAAUUAUUAUUAUUAUUAUUAUUAUUAUUAUUAUUAUGUCUUUUGUGUUUUUCGUUCAUCCGAUUUCGGGUUUCGUUCGUUUGAAUCGCACGGUUCGCUGUUUUGUCAUCGUCACGGGUUAUACGCAAAUCGCAACAUUUUACUGUGUAAAAUUCGAGGGGGGGGGGGCAAAAAACAAAAACAUAUUUAUUUCGUUUUAGUGAGACUGAUCAACGCUGACAACACCAAUUUAAAUCUAGAUUAAAUAUUAUAAUAAAACAUGUAGAACGACGUUUUGAAACGGUGGUAGUGAGAAAUUCAUCCGACACGAACUUUCCGGGGGUACCGCGAACGGACAUCGUUGUUUUUCCGUCGGAACUUUUAGCGCGCGGCGAGUUUCAACCGGUCCGCGACCAUCGUUCGAAAACGCUGUAACGCUCGCACACGAUUAUCGUGGAACGACUUCGUGACCGCCGACGUAGCAUUCGGACGAACCUAGCGGAUACCUCAACUACAUUAUUAUAUUAAUGUUUUAUGCAGUGCUCGACUUGGCAAAAUUAAAGAAGGGGGACUCAAAAAAAAAAA